AUGCCUCCACCAGUAACACCAUCACCUCAUCGAUUUGUGAUCAAGAAACAACCUCCACCACCACGAUCCCAAUUAGCAGAGGAAUCAACUCCUCGUCCUACAAACACCCAACAAUUUAAUACUACUCCUCGAUUUACAUUUUCUUGUACGCCAAAACCUAUUGGCACACAGAAUGUAUCAUCAUCUAUACCUGUGGGACGAUACUUAACACCAGCUCAUCAAACGCCAAAACCAAAAGAGAAUAUCGAUGAUCCAUCAGAUGAAUACCCAACUCAUCUUCCUCUUCACGAUUCGAUCGAAACACAAGAUGAAUUUGAUACCGAGAUAGGAUUUCUAGCCCAGGGCGCAGAAGAUGAUUAUGAAAUAAACCCACGUUUAUCCAAACGUCGACGAAUUUCAUCUUCUCCAGCAGAUAUCAUUUCAGAAGAAACAGAUGAUUUACUAUCCUCCUCUCUUCCUAUAGUUUCUUCGCCAAUUUCCCAUCGACAGAAUCUAAUUACAUCUACCACUAGCAAACCCAAGUUUCUCCUCUCAACUCCAUUACCUCCAUCUACGCCUCAAUCUACCACCCCAACCACUUUUCUCAAACCUCCUCGUUUUCGUCCGUCUGAUCCUGCGGAGACACAUGGACAUAUCGAUCCAUUACCCGAACAAUUUUCUCCGCAUAGAAAGGGUCGACAAUAUGUGAAUGGGGGAUUGGCGGCGGAAGUUAGAGAUUGGUUGAUUAAUAUUGAUUCUUCCGUUUCUUCCUCUUCCUCUUCCUCUGCACAUAAAUCUAAUACACAAGGGAUGAAAAAUAAAGAUAGGGAAUGGAUUGUGAAGAUUAAGGUGGAGGAAAUUAGUAGAGGUGGGAGGGAAAUGUGUUUAGUGAGGGGAAAACAGGUGCGUGAUUUAGAUGGAGAGGAGAUACUAGAUGGUUUGGGAGAUGUGAGGGUUAUGUUGGCUGGGGAAGGAAUGGGGAUAGGACUACAGAGGGGAAAGGAAGUGCAGGUUGGAGAGAUCGUAGGAAUUAAAGGACCAGUUUGGGAGAUUGUGGUUGAGAGGGUGAAAUGGGGUGUUGGGGUUGAUUGGAAGGUUUUAUGA